CGGUGGGAGGGUGAAGAUGGCGGCUUGUGCCGCUCGCUGCUCGUCACGUUGGGUCGCGGUGGUCGUGUCCUGUGGACGUCGAGGGGUCUCCGCCCGGCUCGCGUCUACCUACAGCAGCGCUUUCGCUCGGUCAGCCGUUCAGCAGCAGCUGAGUCGUGGGACUGCGACAUGCCGAGGCAGUUUUUUGGGGCUGUCACUGUCAGUCACAGGUCUGAAGAUCCCCAAUGUCAUCUGCAAGCUGUAUUUCCACACCAGCUCCUCUCGAGCCAGCAAGCAGGACUAUUACCAAGUGCUGGGAGUGCCACGCAAUGCUUCACAGAAGGAGAUCAAGAAAGCCUAUUACCAGAUGGCCAAGAAGUACCACCCUGACACCAACAAAGAUGAUCCCCAGGCCAAGGAGAAGUUUGCCCAGCUAGCUGAGGCCUAUGAGGUGCUGAGCGACGAGGUGAAGAGGAAGCAGUACGACACAUAUGGCUCAACCGGGUUUGACCCCGGGCAGACUGGCGCCGGGCAGCAGUACUACUGGAGAGGUGGGGCCAGCCUCGAUCCAGAGGAGUUGUUCCGCAAAAUUUUUGGAGAGUUCUCUGGAACUGGGGGCUUUGCAGACUUCAACUCCAUCUUUGAUCAGGCUCAGGAGUACAUUAUGGAGCUGACAUUCACACAGGCAGCGAAGGGUGUUAAUAAGGAGAUAACCAUCAACAUGGAGGACACGUGUCAGCGGUGCGAUGGAAGGGGUAUGGAGCCAGGCACUAAGGCCCAGCACUGCCAUUACUGCAAUGGGACAGGCAUGGACACAGUAAACACAGGCCCCUUUGUGAUGCGGUCCACAUGCCGGCGCUGCGGUGGGCGGGGCUCUGUGAUCACAUCCCCCUGUGUCACAUGCCGUGGGACAGGACAGACAAAGCAGAGGCGCACAAUCAUGGUACCUGUACCUGCUGGGGUGGAGGAUGGGCAGACUGUUCGGAUGCCUGUUGGGAAGAAGGAGAUCUUCAUCACUUUCCGAGUCCAGAAGAGCCCAGUGUUCAGGCGGGAUGGUGCAGACAUUCACUCGGAUGCAAUGAUCUCUGUAGCACAAGCAAUCCUUGGUGGUACGGCGAGGGUACAGGGGCUGUAUGAGACCAUCAACAUCGCAAUCCCAGCAGGAAUCCAGGUAGACCAGCAGAUCCGGCUCGAAGGAAAGGGGAUCCCGCGCAUUAACAGUUAUGGCUAUGGAGACCACUAUGUUCACAUCAAGAUUCGUAUCCCAAAGACAUUGACAGACCGACAACGGGCUGUCCUCAUGAGCUAUGCUGAAGACGAGACGGAUGUGCAGGGGACAGUCAAUGGUAUUACCAGCCCCAGUGCAGGUGGGGACAGCAGUGGUCAGUGCUCUGAGGGAGCGCAGGACAAGCAGGAAGAGGGCUUCUUCUCCAAACUAAAGAAAAUGUUUAGCUCCUGACAGCCACAACCCAGGUAAAAGAUUCACUGGGAACUAACAAGUGAAGACAAAAGGAUGGAGGAACAUGCUCUACUAUACAGCAGUGCCCCUAGAUUGAGCUACACUGAGAAUCUGGACUGCUGCUACACUGGUUUGUUCUUCCUCUACUUGAGUGUAUCUUGAUCACAACUGAGACUUAUAAAAUCAUCUGGCUGCCUGCACACAUUUGCCCUCAGUUCCUCUCUUGAUUAGGGGAGGGAUCAGGGUCAAAUCAAUGUCACUUCAGUAUGGUAAGGGUAUACUAGUAAAGACUUGUACAGGUCAAGAGUCUAGUGUUCCAUCUGGGUCCAGUGCCAGAGGGAGAAAUUGGUAUUUUUGUAGCAAGACUGUUGGGCUGAACAAGAAUACUUUUCCACCUAAAAGAAGCCUUGUGUCAGCUGGAGUACAUCUUACUUUGUUCUGUGAUGCAGGAAAGAAAGAGCAUGCUCCAUUUCCAGAAUGGUUAAAGCAUGGAGAACAGCACUGGUUACCUGGGAUGUAAGAUGAGAACACGUUCAAACUGAAAAUCAUUUCUGAUGGCUGAGCUAAUAUAGUUGUAUACGGUCAGAGGAACACACUUUCUUGGUGCACUUCGUGUGCUGCAAAAUUUGUAGAUUACCAUGAAGCAUUUGGACAACUGAAAAAGCAGAUUACAUUUUAAUGAAACAUAGUUACAUGUUCUGAUAUGUUAGGGGAAAAGUGAUGGAGCUGUUACAGGACUAGCUGCAAUAGUUUCAAUUAGAUUUUUCUGAGAAUUCAGACUUCAGUAGAUGUCCUGCAAAAACUACUUGCUUGAUUGUUUUGUAAAUAAGAUUAAAAUUGUAAUGUCAAAUAAAAUCUAUAAUUAAAUGUAAAGUCCAGGUUGUUUCAAUGUAAUGAUGUGGUGUACGAAUCAGAUUUGUGAGCAAACCUUGUGUUCUUGCCUAGUAAAUUCCACAAAAGAAACUGAAAAA